CACCAUUGCAGCCGGCCUGGCCGACAGGAACGCAACCGGCCACGGGCGGGCCCGCAGCUCGGGCGGCGGCGCCGCCCCAAUGGGCGUCAGCGGCGCGGGCGCGACACCGCCGGCGGCCAAGUGGCCGCACCUCGCAGGCCUCGCCUGCCCGCCGCGAGUCCCAUCACCUUCACCGACGCCACGCCGGCGUGCGCCUCAGGGCGCGUCCCUGCGGCGGUCGCCCCGCGCCCGCUACCCCGCACCCUCGGAUGAGGAGCGGUACACGGCUGCGGGGGCCGCGGAGCGCUGGCGGACCCUGGGCCGCGCUCGCUAG